CAAAUUUAUUGUAACGAACCCUGGACACGGCGAGUAUACCCCAGCAUUGUAGAAGAAGCGGCGGGGCGAAUAAAACGCUUCGUUACAAUUGGCGCCCGAGCAGGGACCCUUGGUAAAUCGUGCACGUGUAAAGGGAAAAUUAUUAUAUGUUUGAUACGAACAAGAUGGCGGAGGUGAUUAACACAGCAUGGUUAGAUGAUAUACCCAAGGAGCAACUAGUAUCCAUCGCACAGGAAUUGGGAAUCGAGUGCGCGGGUACCGCCCGAGAAAUACGCAAGCGCAUAACGGCACUGGCGGCUAAGGCGCACACCGACCCAGAGAUCCAUACCAAAUUCCAGGCGAUAGGAAUCACCAACAGAGACAACGAGGCUGCCUCGGAAGACGAGGAUGAGCAUAAAACACCAGUACCACCGGAGGAAAGUGGGGAGAGUACGUCUAAUUUCAUGGAAAAUGCAACACGGAGCCAGUUGGUGGUGCCAUCGUACCAGCACCAGCUGCCCCUACACCAGCACCCGCCGACAACAACCGCCGGGUCGAACGCAGGAACAGCCAACCCUGCAAAUCGGCCACAACCCGAUGAGGACCACCACUCAACCGGAUGAACCAUCUCAUCGCACCCGACUGGUGCGGACGACACAACGCCACCCGCCAGUUACACCACACCGCUCAGCGACGGACACACAUUGUCGUGACCUAUCCAGAAACCAGAGCUUCGACCCCAACAACGUAUGCAGGAGAUGUGGGCAGGAAGGACAUUAUGCCAGGCGAUGCCGCAACGCACGGAAGAUAUUCUGUUGGGAGUGCGGUCGAGCCAAUGUCCGCACGAUCGAAUGCUGUCGCCGGCGUCAGGGAAACGGCGGAGGGCUUCACCAAGAAGAAGGCGCGGUGAGCCCACCGAACCCAGCGCCGAGACACCCAUAACCAUGCGUCAGGAUCACGGUCGACUGUACGCCCUAGUCCACUUGGGUGGGGAGCUAGUCGAGGCCGUCAUCGAUACCGGUGCCUCGAAGAGUUUCAUAUCCACCACCUUAGCGGAGUAC